GCAGGGGCGCGAGGAAACCCUCGCCCCGCCGCGCCGCUCUCCCCGCCCUCUGCGCUCGCCUUCCGCCUUCACCUAGGGCCGUAGGUGCGGCGCGGCGCGGGGCGGCGGGAGGUGGCCGCGGCCGGAGCAGCGCCGCCGGGAGCCGGGAGCCCGAGCCGCCGCCGCCGGAAUCCCCGGGUCUCCGCGCCGCCGCCGGGAACUGCGCCGAGGCGACAUGUAGCAGCGGCCGCAGCCGACUCACCUCCUAUUUGCAACUCUUUUUUUUUUUUUUUGGAGGGGCGGGGGGCGAGGCAAAAUUGUAUCUCCGCCCUCGCUUUCUUGCCUCCUCCCGGGCGCAAGCCGCAUCUGCCUCUAAAAACUGAGGGGCUCGGGGACGGGCGGGGGGCCGUAAAUCAGAGUUGGACCGGCACUGCCCCCGCGCCUGGAGGGCCACCAUGACCGAGGAGAGCUCCGAGGUUCCCAGGGAGCUGACAGAAAGCAUAAAGGAUGUUAUUGGCAGAAAGAUAAAAAUUGCAGUGACGAAGAAAGUAAAGUUGGAAGUCAAGGGAGACAAAGUUGAAAACAAAGUGCUGGUGCUCACAUCAUGCCGGGCCUUCCUUGUAACAGCACGGAUCCCUAGCAAGCUCGAGUUAACCUUCAGCUACCUGGAGAUUUAUGGUGUCAUGUGCUCCAAGUCCGCUCAGAUGGUGGUGGAGACGGAGAAGUACAGCGUCACCAUGAAGAUGGCGUCGCCCGAGGACGUGAGCGACGUGCUGGCCCACAUCGGCACCUGCCUGCGGAGGAUAUUUCCUGGCCUGUCCCCAGUGCGAAUCAUGAAAAAAGUCUCCAUGGAGCCAUCUGAGCGACUGGCCAGUCUCCAGGCUCUGUGGGACAGCCAGACCGUGGCCGAGCAGGGCCCCUGUGGUGGAUUUUCUCAGAUGUAUGCCUGUGUUUGCGACUGGCUCGGAUUUUCAUACAGAGAAGAAGUACAAUGGGAUGUGGAUACAAUUUAUCUGACACAAGACACCAGGGAAUUGAAUUUGCAAGACUUCAGUCAUCUUGACCACAGGGACCUGAUACCCAUCGUUGCUGCUCUGGAAUACAAUCAGUGGUUCACAAAGCUAUCUUCCAAGGAUCUGAAACUGUCCGCCGAUGUCUGCGAACAGAUCUUGAGAGUGGUGAGCAGGUCCAGUCGGUUAGAGGAACUGGUGUUGGAAAACGCUGGGCUCAGAACGGAUUUUGCCCAAAAACUGGCCAGUGCCCUAGCGCACAAUCCCAGCUCAGGACUCCACACAGUUAACCUGGCAGGCAACCCACUGGAGGACCGAGGUGUGUCCUCUUUAAGUAUUCAAUUUGCCAAACUCCCAAAGGGAUUAAAGCAUUUAAAUUUAUCUAAAACCUCAUUGUCACCUAAAGGGGUGAAUAGCCUUUCUCAGUCACUCAGUGCCAACCCGCUGACCGCCACCACCCUUACCCAUCUCGACCUCUCAGGGAACGUCCUCCGCGGAGACGACCUCUCGUACAUGUACAGUUUUUUGGCCCAGCCCAAUGCCAUUGCUCAUCUGGAUUUAUCCAACACGGAAUGUUCCCUGGACAUGGUCUGCGCAGCUCUUCUCCGCGGAUGCCUCCAGUAUUUAGCCGUGCUCAAUCUCUCCAGAGCUGUCUUCUCGCACCGGAAAGGAAAAGAAGUGCCCCCGUCCUUCAAACAGUUUUUCAGUAGCUCCCUGUCUCUGAUGCAACUCAACCUUUCAGGCACAAAACUGUCUCCUGAGCCGUUAAAAGCGUUGCUGCUGGGCCUGGCCUGCAAUCAUAACUUGAAGGGGGUCUCUCUUGAUCUCAGCAAUUGUGAGCUUGGCCACUGUCUGAGAUCAGGAGGCGCACAAGUCUUAGAAGGCUGCAUCGCCGAGAUCCACAACAUCACCAGCUUAGAUAUCUCCGAUAAUGGUUUAGAAUCUGACCUAUCCACCUUAAUAGUGUGGCUCAGUAAAAACAGAUCAAUACAGCACCUGGCGUUAGGCAAAAAUUUUAAUAAUAUGAAAUCCAAAAAUCUGACCCCUGUGUUGGACAACUUAGUACAGAUGAUUCAAGACGAGGAAUCGCCCCUGCAGUCCUUGUCCCUGGCCGACUCAAAGCUCAAGACUGAGGUCACCAUCCUCAUCAACGCCCUGGGAAGCAACACCUCCCUGACCAAAGUGGACAUCAGCGGGAAUGGCAUGGGGGACAUGGGCGCGAAGAUGUUAGCCAAAGCACUUCAGAUCAACACCAAGCUCAGGACUGUCAUAUGGGACAAGAAUAACAUUACCGCACAAGGCUUUCAAGAUAUAGCUGUUGCAAUGGAAAAGAACUAUACAUUGAGAUUUAUGCCGAUCCCUAUGUAUGACGCUUCUCAAGCCCUGAAAACAAACCCUGAAAAAACAGAAGAGGCUUUGCAAAAGAUCGAAAACUACCUGCUGCGGAAUCACGAGACCCGGAAGUACUUGCAGGAGCAGGCCUACCGCCUGCAGCAGGGCAUCGUCACCAGCACCACGCAGCAGAUGAUUGACAGAAUAUGUGUGAAAGUACAGGACCAUCUCAACUCUUUACGAAACUGUGCGGGAGAUGCUGUCCAGGAAGACUUAAAGUCAGCAGAGAGGCUCAUGCGUGAUGCGAAGAAUUCUAAAACGUUGUUACCAAACUUGUACCACGUCGGUGGCGCGUCCUGGGCGGGGGCCAGCGGCUUGUCGUCCGGUCCCAUUCAAGAAACUCUGGAGUCAAUGGCUGGAGAAGUGACAAGAGUCGUAGAUGAGCAACUGAAGGUGUUGCUGGAGUCCAUGGUCGACGCUGCCGAGGACCUUUGUCCCAACGUGAUGAAGAAAGCCCACAUUCGACAAGAUUUGAUUCACGCCAGCACCGAAAAGAUUUCCAUUCCACGGACCUUUGUGAAAAAUGUCCUGUUGGAGCAGUCUGGAAUCGAUAUCCUCAACAAAAUUAGUGAGGUGAAGCUGACAGUGGCCUCCUUCCUGUCCGAUCGGAUUGUGGACGAAAUCCUGGAUGCGCUGUCACACUGCCAUCACAAACUGGCCGACCAUUUCAGCAGACGCGGCAAGACCCUCGCUCAGCCAGAGACCUUAGAGCUCGAGCUGGCGGAGGAGAAGCCGGCAAAGCGCUCGGUGGUUACGGAGGAGGAGCUCACGGAGAUGGAGCGUUUGGAAGAUCUGGAUACUUGUAUGAUGACUCCUAAAUCCAAACGGAAGAGUAUCCAUAGCCGGAUGCUGCGACCCGUUUCCAGAGCCUUCGAGAUGGAGUUUGACCUCGAUAAGGCGCUGGAGGAGGUGCCCAUUCACAUCGAAGACCCGCCUUUCCCGUCCUUCCGACCAGAGAAGCGGAGCUCCGGGCUGAUCUCCGAGCUGCCUUCCGAGGAGGGGAAGAAGCUGGAGCACUUUACCAAGUUAAGGCCAAAACGGAAUAAGAAGCAGCAGCCCACCCAGGCGGCGGUCUGCGCUGCCAGCAUCGUCCCCCAAGAUGGUGAGCAGAACGGCCUUAUGGGAAGAGUGGACGAAGGUGUGGAUGAAUUUUUCACCAAGAAGGUGACCAAAAUGGAUUCCAAGAGAUCAUCUGCAAGAGGCUCUGAGUCCCACGAGCUUAGCGAGGGAGGAGAUGAAAAGAAAAAGCGAGACUCUCGGAAGAGCGGCUUUCUCAAUUUAAUCAAGUCCCGGUCCAAAUCUGAGCGGCCUCCCACGGUCUUGAUGCCGGACGAACCGUCCUCGCCAAAAGGAGCCAUCAAAAGUCCGGCCACGGACACCCCCAGGAAGGACGCCAAGCCCACGGAGCACAAUGGCAGUUCGGAGCGGACAGAGGAGCUAAAAGCCCCCGACUCCCUUGAGGAAGGUCACGGGGAGGACGUGGGCAGGGUGGAGCGGAGCGACGGCAAGAACAGUCCGCAGGGCGGGCGAAGGUACGGGAUCCAGGUGAUGGGCAGCGGCCUGAUGGCGGAGAUGAAGGCCAAGCAGGAGAGGAGAGCGGCCUGUGCGCAGAAGAAGCUUGGGAAUGAGGCCAUCUCUCAGGAUUCCUCCAGCCUGGCCUUGGGCAGCACAGAACGUCUGGAUGGAGGUGGGGCAGUGCCUAAGCUGCACCCAGGUGUCGCGGAGAGCCGCUUCGGUGUGGGAACACCCGAGAAGAACACCAAAGCGGAGCCCAAAGCGGACGCGGGCCCCAGGUCGCGGAGCUCUUCCAGCACUCCGACCAGCCCAAAGCCCCUGCUGCAGUCCCCCAAACCCAGCUUGGCGGCGCGGCCCACCAUCCCGCAGAAGCCGAGAACCGCCUCACGGCCCGAGGACAUCCCAGACUCUCCAUCCAGCCCUGGUUCCUCUAAAAUUGCUCUUCUUCCGCCUGUCCUGAAGAAAGUUCCAUCAGACAAGGAGAGAGAUGGCCAGAGUAGCCCCCAGCCUAGUCCCAGGACAUUUUCCCAGGAAGUAGUGCAAAGAGGAGAUUAUUACAAAAGACAUUCAGAUCAUGACAGUGACAAGCCUUCCAGUGGAGGGAAAAGAUCUUCAAAACUGUACUCCACCAUUGCAGAAGAGGAAGUGAAUGCAAUUGGGCACAGGAAGUCACAGCCAACAAAUGUUUCAAGGAGAAGCUGGGGCCAGCAGCCCCAGGAGUAUCAAGAACAGAAGCAAUGGUCGUCCAGUAAAGAUGGCCGCCAAGGCGGCAAGUCCAGUGACUCUGGUGAAGAAGCGGAAAAAGAGUUUAUCUUUGUGUAAAGGUCCCCCGUGCCAAGGGCACAGGGUGCUCAGUUAGCCGUCAGAGGGGAAUCAAGGGCAGCACCUCUUCCUACUUCCGACACUCUUCUCUUGGUGCUUUUUUCUUUUCUUUCUCCUUCUUUCUUAUUUUUUGAAAACAGAAAUGGACCCAUUGAGGGGUCUUCUCCCCACCUUGGCAUUUGAAUUUGAAGCAUUUCUUCAUCUGCCUUCAGUGAAUGCCAGCAACUCUCCAUGCAUCCUACUUGAAUUUUCUCUGAGGCAGCUACAGUUUGCCCUGCAGGAUGAGUUUGGGGAGGUAAACAGAGGAACUGGACACAUAACUCAUGCAGGUAACACCAUUGGCUGACCAUGGGGCACUGCCGUGGGUACCCAUGUCACAUCUGCACUUGACUCGAUAGAUUUAUUCUUGAUGUAUGCAAUUGCACAUUGUGAGUAUAUUAACAGAGCACACUAAUAAAUAAUUUGUAUAAAUUAUAUAUAUUAGAUCUCGGCUAUGGUUUUUACAUUCUCCCAUGGGGAACUUCUUCCUUCCUGAUGUGGAAUUGUACAUUUAAAUUUGGUCGGUGACCUUUGCAGGACCGUCAGUAAGCACAGUGAGGAACAGAGUGAAAGAGGCCCACGGCUGACACUACCAUGUGCCCGGGUUAAUGUACAUAGUUGAUUGGAAUGAAGUUUUAUGAAUAUUUGUGAUUUUUCGAAGGCCUUUAAUUUCUGUCUGCAUAUUAGCUUUUAAUGUAUGACUUGAAGAAAGAAUACUUUGACCCCUGUAAAAAAUCAGAAUACUACUCUUUUUAAGACAUUUCACAAAUAUUCACUUACAUUACAGGCUGAGGUAUUUUAUUCAUAUGUAUAUUUAUAUCAAUAAAAAGAUUUUACAAGUGGAA